ACACGCCUGCACACACACCUGCACACACGCCUGCACACACACGUACCGAGAGUCGGUUUGCAAGCCCUCGCAUUAAACUUUGCUCUCUCUCCACUGUGCGUUUCAUUGAACAGAAAACUGCCACCACAAACGGUUUCCAUCUAAUCUGGUCUAACGGGACCUUCAGCCGCUGUGGUUCUGUCAUUAACCGAGUGAUGAUUCAUUUACUGCUGGACUUCACUUUAAAAAAGGAAAAGGAAGAUCCGUCACGAGAGCAGAGCCCAAGUCAAGUGGGCCCACUUGGACUCUGUGAAGUCUGCGUCGGAGCUUUAAAAGCGUUUGUCAGACAUCACGGCUGACAUGAAACAUUCCUCAGGCUGGGGACAAACCUAACAAGUAGACGACAUCAACACGGUAACCCGGCAACAACAGGCGGCAACACUACGACAACGAUGCACCUACAAAGUCCGAGCCAACGCGUGUGAGGUUACACCGAGCAGCCAAAGAGCCGUCAGACACCACAUCUGGAGUCUGUAUGUGUGUGAGAGACGACUGUGUUCGCUCAGGACAUCUGGCUGACGCCUGAGGAGGACGUUCAAGCACAACUGGGCUGAUAUUCAGUUGUUCUCUCACUGCGACCCACUGAGACGCUUCUACUGAGCAUGUUGUCCUGAUCCAAAAUGGACGACCCGACCAACAGCAGCUUGACUCUAACUGACUACUUCCUGGCCGGCGACGGCCUGGACUACGAGAUUCCUGUGGACGAGAUCCCGGACACCACGCAGGGCUUGGCCUUCUUCGUGGCCACCAUCAUCAUCGCUGUGGUCCUGGUGGGCAUCAUGUUGGUCUGUGGAGUUGGAAACUGCCUGUUCAUCGCCAGCCUCGCCCGCUACAAGCAGCUCCGCAACCUGACCAACCUGCUGAUCGCCAACCUGGCCGUGUCGGACGUGCUGGUGGCGGCCGUGUGCUGUCCCUUCCUGCUCGACUACUACGUGGUGAAGCAGCUGUCGUGGGAUCACGGCCUGCUGCUGUGCGCCUCCACCAACUACCUGCGCACCGUCUCCCUCUACGUGUCCACCAACGCACUGCUGGCCAUCGCUGUGGACAGGUACAUGGCUAUCCUCUACCCUCUGAGGCCUCGUAUGAAGCACCAGACGGCAUAUUGUGUGAUUCUGACGGUUUGGAUCGUCCCCGUCUUCAUCUCAAUCCCCUCUGCCUACAUGGCCUCUGAGAUGACAUACCCACAUGUGGGAGGUCGCACCUACAAGACGUUCUGUGCUCAGAUCUGGCCUGUGGACCAGCAGAUUUACUACCGCUCCUACUUCCUCCUCAUCUUCACUCUACAGUUCAUUGGCCCCGUGGGCGUCAUGGCUGUGUGCUACAUCAGGAUCUCCAGGGAGCUGUGGUUUAAGGAUGUUCCAGGUUUUCAGACGGAGCAGAUCAGGAAGAGGCUCAAAAGGCGUCGGAGGACCGUGGUGGUGUUGAUUCUGGUGCUGGUCGCCUACGUCUUGUGCUGGGCGCCAUACUACGGCUUUGCCCUGCUGCGGGACUUCUACCCCACCCUCAUAUCCAGAGACAGGAACUCCCUGGUGGCCUUCUACAUCAUCGAGUGCAUCGCCAUGAGCAACGGGGUCAUCAACACCCUCUGCUUUAUGAGUGUCCGAAACAACAACAAGCACCUGAAGAAGGCGGACAGGUUCCCACUGAGGCUGGUGACUUUUGUGGCUGCUAAGUCGGUGGAUGAAGGGGAGGCACGGACCUCCUCCUUCCGAGUGACGGAGGAUGUGGAGGGAGCUCGAAGGCUAAACAUCUAACAAACAGCCUCUGGAUCUGCUGCAGCUUCAGUGUCUGCGUCACAGAGGAGCACAGCGUGGGAGUUUCCAGCCCGUAUCACCAGACCAGAGGUGGUGGUGCCUCCAACAGGCUAAGGCAGCCACUGAAGCAUACAGCUUGGACAGCGAAGAAGAGACCCGGGGGCCAUAUUUGUAGUUCUGUUUCUGAACAGCUGGGCACAGUUUGUGGAUUGAAACUUUCACCCUGGACAAACAUGUUGUUGUACUGGACAGACAGACACCUGAGCCUCAGAAGAUGGCGGGUCACAGGUAAAAGUUAAGGUUCACACCCAGAAGUCUGCGUGGAGUGCUGGGGUCACAUCAGGUGAACAUACAUAAAUGUGGGUGUGUGGUAAUUAACAAUACACCCUCAGCCAAUCACAUGUGGGGUCUCAUUGAUGUGAAAAGAGGAAGUUGGAUUAACAGGCCGGUCUGAGGUGUGUAGCAGUGUGUGCUGUCUGUUUCCUGUUGCUAAUUAGGUUCAUUUUUCUUCCCCUGUACAGAUUAUAGCCCCAAAGGCUUAAUGAUUUUUUGAUGGGGGUCAUUGAUCCUUUCCAGAUUUAAGAUUCAUCCAGAGAGACUUUCAAACUGCGACUCUUAGAUUUUGCCACACUUGUCCACUGCCACUAGACGCUGUUGACCAUCAUCAUCAUCACUGAGUGAAUGCAACACGUCAGCUGCCGGAGUCACAACACAAACAAGUGAUCUGACUUGAGAUCAGUUGCUUCCUGUGAUCGACCUCUGGACAUCUGCAAACAGCAGGCUGUGAGUGCUUCACAAUAAGGCGUUUUGGCUCAUCUCAUGGAGCCUUUUACUGUGAUGCUAGCACAUAUUAAUCAUACUUCAGAUCUUCUUAGCAGGACUUUCACUUGCAGUGAGUAUUUUCACAAUGUGGUGCUUAAGUGAAGGACCUCAAUGCUUGUUUCACCGCUGCCCUUUAGACUUCUUGUGCUGCUGUUUUAUGUGACGUUUCCCUCCGGGAAUCAAUAACAUUAGAGUUGUCCUGCUUUUAGUUUUAUUUUGAUGAGUGAAGUGUGUACAAAGCUUCCACCUAUUGGCAUGCAGAACUUUUAAUAGCUGCAUUCGAUUAUAUAUACAGAGUUUUGUUUUUUUUAUCCCAGGGAAACACGGCUUCUCGCUAACCUCUGUGUCAAAUACAAGGUAUAUUACUCUUACAUUAAUGUGUAUGUUGCAUUUUACUGCUGCAAAUGAUUGAAGUUGAGUUCAUUUUAACUACUUUAUAGACUGUUGGCUGGUUAACUCCACUGCGUUGCAUUAUCUUCUAUUAGAUCAUCAUUUAUACCAGCAUCACAUAUAUAUUCCUCAGUUUUCAUAUUUAUUAAUCAAACUUUUUGCCUGGUCACAUUGUGUUUGUCCUGAACUAAAUGAAUUUUUGUCUUUGGACACUUUUGACCACAGCGGCUGCCGUAAGGACGAAUGCAUGAAGUAUAGAUUGUUAGAACUUUGCUGAUCCUUUAACUUUCUGUCCUCAUUAGAUUAAACACAUUAUUAAAGUGACUGACAGUCUGCAUCUUUCUGCAUGCUAACAGCUAAGACGGUAAACGUUACACCCGCUAAGAUUCAACAUGUUAGCUCUGUCGUUAGGAGAAUUUUGUCACACUGCGGUGAGGUCUUGUUUUGGGUUUAUGUCUCGUCAUUUCCUGUUUUAUUUUGAAAAGUCCAGGUUUGCCUUACUUUAGGAUUUCUAGUUAGUCUUCUGUUUGUUUCUUUUUCCUGUGUAGGAGUGAUUUUUGGUUACCUUUUAGAUCAUAUAUUUAUUCACAGUUAGCUUAUCCUCUUCUAGAGUGAUUUUUUGUUCUUUGUUUUUUUUCCUAGUCUUGUUUUUGCCUCCUUUUGGAGUGAUUUUUAGUUCUUUACAAUCGCAACUCUUUUCUUAAGUAAUUUUGCUUUUGUUUUUAUGUCCUUUCAGAUAAUUAAUGUUUCACAGCUUUAGGAGUAAUUUCAUAGCCUUUGUGUUAUUGUCACUCCGCCUUGGGGAAGUCCAGGCUGAUGUUAAUAAAGUCUGCGUUUAUUCUUACCUGCUCUGCGUCCGAGUCCUGCCCGAGUCGGAACUUGACAGAUUUAGUGUCCAAGUGCGCCCUCAGAGUGAUGCUAGCAUGGCCGUAGCCUGUCAGCCUUAUUUUUAUUGUUUAAUUUUGUUCCGUUUAACUGGUUAGCAAAGGGAAAAAAACCCUUUCAAAAAUUGUUCGAGUUGAAAUCGAGUUGAACGUAUUUACAUCCAUUUUGUUGACUUUUUCUGUUUCUGAACUUGUGUUGCGCUGCCUACGGGUCCAUAGCGUGUUUUUGCAGCUUUUCUUUAGUCUGUCUUUCUUAACAGCUGAAAAGUGACAUCAUGGUAUUAAGACCAGUUUGAGUAAUAGAUCGAGUUUGAAGGCAGGGCUUGUCGGUGUCUGUAUGUGAAGAUGCAAAUUCAUGUGCCCUUCACAUCAUUAUAACCUUUGAUCUACUGUUUAUGCAGUCCAUUAUUUGUU